CGUGGUUUCAACACUGGGGUCAUUCUGCUUCAUUUGAGAAAACUGAGGGAGUAUUCUUGGAUGCAAAUGUGGCGACUCAUUGCGGAGAAGGAACUGCUCAGCAUGCUGUCUACUUCCUUGGCUGAUCAAGAUAUCUUCAAUGCUGUACUCAAGCAGCAUCCCUACCUCAUAUAUAAACUUCCUUGCCAGUGGAAUGUACAACUCAGUGAUAAUACACUCAGUGAGCUCUGUUAUACAGAAGUCCAAGAUUUAAAAGUUAUUCAUUGGAAUUCACCUAAGAAGUUAAAAGUGAAAAAUAAGCAUGUUGAAUUUUUUAGAAAUUUGUAUUUGACUUUUCUAGAGUAUGAUGGAAAUUUAUUACGCAGAGAAUUGAUUGGCUGCAAUAACAGUAAAGUCACGCAUGUCCAAGAAGCGUUGAAUGCUAUAGAUGAAGAUGAUUCUUGUUAUGAGUUUAGAAGGGCUCGAGUGGUCAAGCAUCGCACACAUUUGUACUACAUUGAAUAUGAUUACGAGCCUUCUCCAGAGGGAAACGAUGUAACUUUGGUUGCUCAGUUAUCAAUGGAUCGUCUUCAAAUGGUGGAAGCUCUUUGCAAGCAUUGGGAAGGUCCAAUUAGUCUAGCUCUGUAUAUGUCGGAUUCAGAAGUGCAGCAGUUUUUGAGCUACACACUUACCUCAGAAAUUCUCAGCAGCAGGAAAAAUCUUGGAUAUCACAUUGUAUACCGAGAUGGGCCCUUCUACCCUGUGAAUCUACUGCGGAAUGUGGCUUUACAGCAGGUGACUACCCCAUUUGUUUUCCUGACAGACAUUGACUUCCUGCCCAUGUAUGGACUCUAUGAGUACCUUAAGAAGUCUGUCGCAUCUAUGGCUCUCGAGUCAUCAGCCAAGGCCCUCAUUGUUCCAGCCUUCGAGACGCAGAGAUAUCGUUUAACAUUCCCCAAAUCAAAAGCAGAACUCCUUUCCAUGCUGGACAUGGGAACACUUUUUACAUUUAGGUAUCAUGUAUGGACAAGAGGCCAUGCACCAACUAACUAUGCCAAAUGGAGAACUGCCACAACUCCUUAUCGUGUUCAGUGGGAGCUGGAUUUUGAGCCCUACAUUGUUGUACGUAGAGAUGUACCAGAAUAUGAUCGUAGAUUUGUGGGUUUUGGCUGGAACAAAGUCUCGCACAUUAUGGAGUUGUAUGCACAAGGGUACGAGUUUGUUGUGCUUCCAAAUGCUUUCAUUGUGCACAUGCCUCAUGCGCCCAGUUUUGACAUUGCCAAAUUUCGAUCAAGCUCUCAGUAUCGAAAGUGCUUAAAAGUUCUGAAGACUGAGUUUGUGAGAGACAUUUCUCGACGUUAUGGUAAACAGUUUUCGGCUGAGAAGAAAAAACUUUCUAGAUAACACAAAGACUAAAUUUUUAAAGUUCAUUUCUUAUUGAAAGACUUUUUACUGCAGUUGACUGUGUUGCAAAUCUUGCACUUGAACUGUGAUGCAAACCAAAUAUAAGUGCAAGUGUGAAGACUAAAACGAAAGACUUAUAAUAAUUGUUAAAAUAUAUUGGAGAAAAGAGAGCAAAUCAUAAAUAUAUAUUUUCCCCCCUAAUUUUGGUAUGAUGUUUUUUAUAUUUUAAACUAUUACAUUUUCUACUUAAUCAUGCAUAAAACAUCAAUAAUUAUUAGAAUGAGAAAUUGAAUGUUCUCCAUCUUAAAUACAAAUAAAUGAUUGGGGGCUCUGCAAUCUCUUGCAAUAGCAGCCUAAAGAGAUUAAACCAAGACCAACCUACUUACUCAGGAUGUGACCUGUCAAAUGAGACGACUGCCUUGUCCGCGCAAAAUUGAAGCAUUUUACCUCAUUGGCUAAUAUCUUAAAUCACUGCAAGGUGGCGUAUUCAAGCUUUAGUGCUGUAAAUGUUUUUUUUUCGCUCACUGAUUUUGUAACAUCAUUUCUUGAUUGUUUCACUAUGUUCAUUUUCUCGAAAUGAUUUUUUCAUUUACGGCUAAGCUGGGUAAAGCUAGAAAAAUCUUUAUUCAUUAGUUAUCGGUAGUGAUGAUUUCAUUAAUAGCUACUUAUUUUUUAAAUAACGGCCACUUUUUUGCUCAAAAGAACUAAACGAUGUAUUUUUUAAAUUUGUUUCAGUGUAUAAGCCUUGAAAAUACGUUAAUCAAUGUAAAUAACGUAUAUUUCAUAAAUUGGUUCAAAAAGGCUGAUUGUUGAAUUUUUUGGAAAUGAUUUAAUUUAUUUUUUGAGGUGGGGAUUUACACAUCAUUUUUAAUCGCCAUUUAUUUACUUUAUUUUUCGUUUAGUUGUCCUGUGGCCGUGGCGAUUGCUAAUUUUGUCCUUUAAUUAAGUGGGAUGAUUCUUUACAAAAGUUGUAAUAUAUGUCGAAGAAUAACUUCAUGUACAAGUUGUAAAACCUUGAAAUACUUGUUCUUAUUAUACUUUUAAUUGCAUUCUGUCACAUUGCUUCUCAUGCGUUGCUUUGUUUUUUAUUUUGCUAUGAAAUCGUGACCAAAAAAUUUUCCCAUACGAUAUUGAAAACUUUUACUAAGUAAUUCUCAAAAUAUACUUCAACUAAAACAAAAUAACUAAGAAUAUCUUUAAAAAUUUAACUUUAAUAAAGAAUAUCUUCAAAAAUUGUAUUAAAUAUAUUGCAAUUUGAAACGUUAAAUGCAUUGGUAGUAAUAUUCAUUAAAUUUUAUACAAACACAAAAGUGACGACCUGCAACAGGCUCUCAGCCUUGCUAGACUGGUCUUAGUCAGUUUAUCAAUCCCCAAUGAAGAUCAAGAGUUCUCUUAAAACUAUUUAUCUCAUUUCAAGCAAUAGUUACUUUCAGUAAACCAUUUCAACUGGCUAAAACUCUACUAAAGUAAUAAUUUUUCCUGAUUUCAAGAUUAAAAGCUUAACAAGCUCUGGUUCUGUCUCCUAUGUCAAAAAUGUAGUCAUAACUGAAUGAUCUCCCACCUGAUGCUUUUUUUCUGAGGAUAAUGCAUAUGAAGACUUUCUUGCAUAAUCCUAUUCUAAAUAUGAAAAUCUCCUUACUUAUUUGGUAGCCCUCGGGGCACUUUCCCAUAAGUAUCUUAUUUAACUCAAAAGUUGCUUAAAAUUUGCUAAGUAUUUCUCAAUUUUUUGCCAAUAAAUUUAUAGUAUACAUAUAGUAUUUAGUAUAUUUGAAAUUAUUUUAUUGCAGGCUUUAAUCUUAAUUAGUAACUUAAUAUGUGUUUUGUAUCUUUUUAUUGUGUAAAAUUACAGAAAUAAAUUAUCAUUU